GCCGUUCUCCUCUCUCUCUGCAUCUGCAUUCUGCCCAUAGACAGUUUUGGUUUUUGGAUCCCCUUUUGUGCAUCGAAAUCGGAAGAUUAGAAUGGAAACAUCAACAAUGAAUGAGAUUGAUAGGAUAAGUUCAUUGCCCGUUGAUAUACUUCACAACAUCCUUUCAAAUCUCUGUAUUUUCGAUGUGAUUCAUAUGUCUGUAUUGUCCAAAAGAUGGAAAUACAUAUGCACUAUCAUCCCCUACUUCCGCUUUGAUAGUAGUUCCUGUACUUCACUUCUUUACUCAAAUUUAGAGAAAUUCAAAGAAUUUAUGUAUACCUUCUUAAUUUCCCAAAACACGAUUAACCUUGUCCGCUAUACCCUCUCAUGUAGCGAUAUGCUUGAAAGCACAUAUAUGUUGCGGUUGAUUCAUGCAACAACAAAAAGAAAUGUUCAACAACUUGUGUUGUGGUUUUGGCAUCGUGAGCCAUUUGUGUUACCGCAUUGUCUUGUAACUUGUGAAUCUUUGCAAGUUUUGAAACUAAACUUGUGUGAUGAUGUACUUAAACUGCCUAAUCAUUUUGACGGAUUUCGUCAGCUGAAAUUUCUUCAUCUUUGCAGUGUCAAGUUAUCAGAUGAACAUUUGACAAAUUGCUUGUUCUCAAAAUGUCAACUCCUUGAAAAUUUGGAAUUAGUUGAUUGCAAUUUAAAACGUAUGAAGUUGCUGUAUAUUGAUUCGGCAUCUCUUUUAUACAUCACUUUUCUUCAUGGCGAUUAUUAUGACAAUUGUGAAAUCAAAAUUUCUUGUCCGGCUCUCAAAUUCUUAAAAUGUAAAUGUGAGAUUCCAAAGGAUAUAGUAAUCAAGAAUCUCUUUUCAAUAGAAUAUGUUGACAUCAAUUUUCAGGAUAAUGAUGUAAAAUGUGAUGAUUUUGGUUUCUCAUUUGAGAAAACUGGAAUUCUUGUGCAUAAGAUGAUCAAGGAAGUCCCUUCUAUAUCAGUUCUGAAACUAUGCAAGGUUUCCCUUAAGGGUCUGUAUGAAGAGAUUCGCCAAGUAAGACUCUCUCCCAUAUGCUUUAAUAAACUGAAGUCCUUAAAACUGAAAUUGGGUGUUGAUGAAGAUCAUAUGCAAGUUAUGAUACAAUUGCUCAAGUAUUCGCCUAAUCUGGAGGUUCUAAAAUUGUGGUGCGAUGAGGAUGGAGAAUGGAGAGAGAAUUCUCUAAUGUAUUAUGAAUGGUGUGACUUUUGGCCGGCACGAGAAGAUCAAGGCCGGGGGCAUGAGGUUUUCCACCCGACCCCCCUUGGUAAAAAAUUACACUGUACAUAUAAGAUGCAUGAUCCUGAAGAAAGCAUUGUGUGCUUGGACUCUCAUCUAAAGUCGAUUCAGUUGAUUGGUUUCAAAGAUGAAGAAAACGAGAUAGAACUACUAAGGUUUUUUCUGAAGAAUGCACGGGUAUUGGAAAAACUUACGAUUGUUUGGGCCGGUUAUGCUCUGAAAUCAGAAGAGGCAUUGAAGAAAGUAUUGAAUAUUCCUAGAACUUCUUCACAAGUUCUUCUGGCAUUUCACGAUGCCAAGCUCAAACGAAAAUCUACUAACUGGUUGGAUUAUUGUUAAAAAGGGGGAUGAUUGUUAGAUUUACUCUUAUUGGAAUUUUCUGACUUGAAGAUCCAAGUAAGAACCAAACUGUAUUAGACAUGGAUCCUUGUGGUUUAUGAAACUUGUAUGGCUGCAAUAGAGUAACUUGGAAGGUCAAGUCUUGUUUCUACUGGGAAGAAAAAAUUAUGAUGUUGAUGUUUUUGCAACUUGAUAUUCUCACGUUGUUUGUUUGAAAUCAAUAUGUAUUUCAUAGGAACACAUCCUAAUAUGUAAAUGGUAUGUAAGAAAAAAAAAAGAUAUAAAAACUAGUAACAAAAUUACGUGUAAAGGGCACAACUAAAAAGCUGCACUUC